UCACUCUUUUCCAAUGCUAUAAAAUCCUACAUAUCUUGAAGAAUCCAACUAGAAGGAUUAGAUGAAUUUGAAUAAUAAGAAGCAAUUAUAUCACUAAUUAACUAUCAUCUUUUACCCAAAACCAUCUCAAAAUGAGUACAUAUACAAACAAUUCUAGGACUAGACCAAGGUUUCGUGAUCGAGCCAAGAAUCAAAUGAAUAAAUUCAAGUCGGCCGUUUCAAGUGCUUUGCCGUCAGUGACUUCAUUUGGAAGCAGUGAAUUUGAACGACAUCCUAGAGUCUGGGAAAGUUUGGUCACCUCUGGUAUUGUAGCAUUAUUUACCCUCAAUGUAGUCUUCUUGUAUCCACUUGUUUACGGAGGUUUCCUCAAUGUUAUUUAUCCUCCUUGGACUGCACCCGAGCCCACUCCAGCAGAGAUGCUUAACAUUAAAUCACCAAAUGUGUUGCGAUCUAUUAUCGAUCGACUUAACGAAGUAACAGUUAAAUUCACCAAAUAUUGUUACGAAAAUAAUAAACUGUCUGAGAAAUGUGUUUAAUCAUGAAUGGUUGCAGUUUCAUUAUAGCGUUAAUUACAAUUACCUUUUAUUAUCAAACAAGUUCAAUUGUGAUUACAAUUUAAAUUUCGUUAAGUGUUGAUUACACAAUUGUAUCAGACACUAUCAUUUCUCCAUAUUUUCCAUAUUCCGUCGUUUUCCGUGUCUUUACGGCUCAUCCAUUGUUAGUCUUUACUGGUUUUGAUAUUCAUAAUCAACAUAUAUUAAUAUUUAUGGUUUAUGUCAUUUUUUUAAUACGAAAUUGAAAUAAACUGAAAAUUGGAACUGAGAAUUUUGAAGCAAUUAAACUCUUAUUUGUGGAAUGUUCAGUUCACAUCGAUUUAUUUGGUCAAUAUAUUUCUCCAGAAGACAAAUUUGGAAUAUGAAAAUUAUAAUUGUGAAAAUAAAUCCUAUCAACCCCUCACUAAAAGCUACAUUGAAAUGAGCUGCAUUUAUGCCGAAAUCCUUUUCCAUUCUUGAUUUAAAAUCAGGAGACAUAUUUGAAAGAGCAAUACCAAUAGUUACGACAAGUAUGAUCGCUCCAAUUAGCACUAAAAUGCAAUAUAUUUGACAGAUUCUCAAGACUACUUUACACUGGUAGAUAAUAGCGAUGAAAAAAAGUAAAUAAAAUCCGAUAUCAAAAAUAGCGAAUCCACGUUGAAAUCCAGAAUUUUUGACAGCACUGUAUGUACUAUGAAUUAAACUUAUUAAAACAAGAAACAACAAAAUAUUUUUCGCUUUA